CGCUACUACGGCUUCCAAGCCAGUGUGUCUGACACUGGCGUGUCCCUGCUGGGGCUGGAGGGUCAGAGGGGGAGGUUCGGCUCGUCUCUGGCCAGCCUGGCUGACCUGAACGGGGACGGGAUCAGGGACGUGGCCGUGGGAGCUCCUCUGGAGGAUAACGGACAGGGCAGCGUGUACAUCUUCAACGGGAGGAGAGGAGGAAUCAACCCCACCUACUCACAGAGGAUUGCGGGUUGGUCGGUGCGGUCCGGUCUGCGGUUCUUUGGGCUGACCGUGGCCCAGUCUGCUUUGGACCAGAGUGGAGACGGACUGCCUGACAUCGCAGUCGGGUCCAAAGGAGCGGUUCUGCUGCUCAGGUCAAGGCCCAUUGUGCUUAUAGUCACAAAUGUUACAUUUGAACCAUCCGAAGUCCCCAAAUCCAUCUACGACUGUACGAGUCAUCAACAGAACAAAGCCAGCGUAUGUUUCAGCAUGACUAAGGUCACUAAAGAUAGCUUGAAAGGACUGCAGGCAAAACUCAACUACACGCUGAGCCUAGAUUUUGUCCGUCAAUAUUCCCGUGCCUUCUUCACAGCUGGAGGGACAGACAGGAGGGAAAACAAAGAGGUCACGCUGUCUUUGAGAAGAACAUGCUUUGAACACUCGUUCUUUGUACUGUGCUCCCCAGUGGAUGUUGUGAAUCCAGUGGAUGUCCAGGUGGCCUUCUCCUUCCAGGGGCUUCCUAUCCCGUCUGCAGACCAGCUGACCCCAACGCUGUCCAUCAGCUCCCCCAACACCACAGACCACCAGUUAAGCUUUGAAAUUGACUGUGGAGAGGACAAAAAGUGUAUCGAUCAAAUCCAUAUCAACUUUGACUUCUCUGGCUCUACCGCUUCUACUGCUCCCCUGCCAACAUCCACACUGACCACUUGUCUGGAGGAGAUAGAGGCUUGGAUGAAGCUCAACUUCCUUCAACUGAACAUCCACACUGACCACAUGUCUGGAGGAGAUACAGUAGAGGCUUGGAUGAAGCUCAACUUCCUUCAACUGAACAGUUCUAAAACAGAAGCCAUCCUAGUUGGCACACAACAUCAGCUCCGCUCUUCCACCAUCACCAAUAUCACCUUCUCUGGCCAAAACAUCUCCUUGUCAACAUCUGUCACCAACUUGGGUGUUAAAAUGGACCCACAUCUCACCUUUGACACCGCAUCAAACAUCUCUACAUUAACACCCUCCAAACCCCCAGACCUCCUCAUGCACCCUCCGGUCUACAAACAUGAACACCCUCCAAACCCCCAGAACCAAGCUCUGCAGCACAGAUCCAUCAUCGAGGUGGGCAUUGCACAAGAGAUGAGUGUGAGGGUGACGGUGAAGAAUAAAGGAGAGAACUCCUACGGCACCCGUGUGUCUCUCUCCUACCCUGCUGGCCUCUCCUACAGGACAUUCACCAAGAGCCAGGGCAGGGUGGAGUGCUCCUCUCUAGACAGCACAGAUGGACUCACCCUGGGACAGACUGACUGCAGCAUCAACAGACCCAUCUUGCAGGCUGGAGACAAGGCUGAUUUUGUUGUUCAGUAUGGAAUUGAUGAAAGCAGCCAUUUUGUAUGUGUCAACUAUCAAUAUUUGUCCAUGACACAUGUAAUCUCUUCCAGCGACAACAAUGAACAUCAUCCCAGUAGCCAGCGGUCCAAAAGUCUGGACAUUGGGGUCAAAUACGGCUUUGAUGUAAUUCUGAAGAGCUUUAGAACCACCAACUUCAUUCAUUUCGUCGCAGGAGAUAAUCACUUGCAAAAACCAGUGAUACAAGAAUUACAGGUGACAAAUAAAAUCAGAGGGCUCAAUCUGACUGUUGUAAUUCAUGUUCCAGUUAGACUCCAAGGCAAAGAUAUCUGGACCAAUGUGGACAGUUUGCAAAUCCAGGGAUGCUCUAGAGGGCGUGAGAGGAAUCUAAACAUCACAGACCUGAAGCAUUUCUUCAAGGACAACAAGGAGCCUGAUGUGAACUGCUCCAUCGCCGUGUGUCUGGAGUUCAGGUGUGACUCCUACAUGAAGAGAGACGACCAAAGCCACUACAGAAUCUCAGGGAACGUGAGCUCGGAGUGGAUCGAGCAGACUGGGCUGCGUGCUGCUCUGUUCCACCUGGUCAGCUCGGCCACUCUGGAGUACAAUGACAGCAAGUACAUCUUCUUCUCCACAGACUCUUCCCGCCAGCCACCUGUCUCCAAGAUGGAGACUCUAGUGGAGGUGUACGAGGAACCAGACCUCCUGAAGGCCAUCAGUGGAGGCGUGGUGGGAGGUCUCAUCCUAGUGGCUCUCAUGACUACCGGCCUCGUCAAGUUGGGCUUCUUCAAUAGUCAAUACCAAUAUAAUCUACAGGAAGCACAUGGAGGAGGAGAGAUAGCAGAAUAACAGAGACAGUUUGGCAGCGUAUUUUGCAGACAGUGCACCAAGUGGUCUGAACGCUGGUUGCAUGUGUUGAUUUAUUACAUUUCACCUCAGGUCUCA